AAUACAACACGUGUUUGACAUGUGUUUGAAAAUGGAUAUAAUAGCACGUUCGCAAUUAUGGAAAUAAAUAAAACGAAGUUAAUUCACAAUUUAAAUGUAACAUUUAAGGAUGAUUGCAAAUCCACAACACAAUUAUGGUCGAGCUCAACCGACGAAUCUAUAGAUAUGGAUAAAUUAUUGAGCCUAUUGGCCGACCGAAUUAUUGAUCCACGAUACACAGAGCAAAUUGGCAGAAGAUUUGAAUCAAUUUUACCAUUGAUUCUAACAAAAAAUCUAAAUUAUGAUAUGAAACAAGAUGAGACAUUUUUUAUUCAACAUCGACGAAAAACAAUUGCUCUGGCCAAAUUGGUCACAAUUUCACCGCAUGCAAAACGCUUUGUAUUCACAUAUUUUUCCAAGAUGCCAUCACCAUUUGCCGGCGACUGGAAUACAUCGACAAGAAAAAAAGUUGCUAAAACGAAAGAUGCUGAACCAACGCCGCUCGAUAUUCUCAAGUCUUGCUAUACAUUUUUAAAACUAAACACAUCAUUUUUUAGGCAACAGUGGAAGUGGUCAGAGUUGAUUGAAAAUUAUGGUGAUCUUAGAAAACAGAGCGAUGAAUAUAAACUGAUUUACAAUCACAUUUUGGCACUUCUUACCGGCAUGACGAACGAACAAAUGGCACUGUUGAAUAAGGACAUUCCAGUCGACAUUAAAAUAAAUUUCACCGCAUCACCAUUAACACCGGCCACCGAUGAAAUUGAACAAUUUGACGCAGUUGAGAGUUUUAAGUGGAAUUUAUCGAAUGAAUUAUAUACGAACGUCGAAGGUGUUUUAUUGCCCAUGUUUGAUGUAAAAAAUACAACAACAUUGAAAAAUGAUAAACGUAUCGUAAUGGUUGAAUCGGCACGUCAAAAUUUACGCAGUAUUGCAAUUGGAGUGGAAGCUGGUAAAGCUGUAUGUUUAUCGGGUUCGGUUGGCAGUGGUAAAACCACACUCAUUGAAUAUUUGGCUUCUGAAACGGGUCGCAUUCCAAUUAGACAGUUUGACAUUGAUAAAAGUAAAUUGAAGGAAAAUUCGAGCAUUUCAGCGAAUGAUAAGGCCACAUCGAGUAAACGCAAAGCAAUUGAAAUGGAACAAAUGAAAACAAUUAACGAACAUAAAGUAACACAAAAUGGUUUUUUGCGAAUUCAAUUGGGCGAUCAAACCGAUAGCAAAAUGUUACUUGGUCAAUAUCAUUGUACAGAUGUGCCGGGUGAAUUUGUUUGGCAACCAGGUGUAUUGACGCAAGCCGUCAUGAACGGUUAUUGGCUUCUUUUGGAAGAUUUGGAUCAGUGUUCGAGAGAUGUGUGCGUUAUGCUUACAAAUUUCUUUGAAAAUAAUUACUUAUCGGUGCCCGGUUUUCGUGAUUGCAUUCAAAUUUCACCCGGAUUUCAAUUGUUUGUUACACGAAGAAGUCAUGAAAAAGGUUUGCAUGGUGGCCGCAACACAAAUUCAUCAUAUUUCCAAUUGCUUGAAAAAUAUUUGUAUACAAUAAAUAUGUUGCCAUUAUCGCGCACCGAAUUGUGUGAGAUUGUAUGUGAAAAAUAUCCAAAAUUAUCAACGGUUGCUGAUCGAAUUGUGGAUGUGUUUUCGAUGUUUUCAUCGGAUGCCAAAGAUUUUAUGGAAUCGGGUGUUAAAGAUUCGGGACGUCUGGUAUCAACGCGAGACUUAUUAAAAUUGUGCAGUCGAUCAUCGCCAACCUUUUCAAUCACCAGUACCGAAUGUGCCUAUUUUGUCUUCCAAAAUGCUGUCGACUUAUUUUGUUCACAUCUUACACAAGGCGAUGGCAAAAAUAAUUUGAUUGUCAACAUCGGUGCAAAAUUAGGUAUAAUUCCAUCUCGUUGUGAGUACCUAUCAAACGAAUAUAAACCCGAUGUUUCAAUUGACGAUGGAGCGCAUUCAAUUCGAGUUGGCCGAAUAACCUUGUCGCGUCGCGAUGCAAAUGGACAAUUAAAACGUACCACCAACACAAAUCGCAAUGGAAUCGACGAUGACAAUGGACAAAAGCGAUUACGUAUUGAUGCUGAUUCAAAUUUUAACGUCUAUCAAAAUCAGACAAAACAAAAAACACCACAUUUCUCAUUCACCCGAUUGGCAUCGUGUUUAUUGGAACGAAUUGCUGUGGCUGUACAAGAAAACGAGCCGGUUCUGCUGGUCGGUGAAACUGGUGUCGGUAAAACGAGUUCCGUUCAAUAUCUUGCACAUCAAACCAAUCACAAAUUAGUUGUCAUUAAUAUGAAUAAUCAAUCGGAUGUGAGUGAUUUGAUUGGCGGCUUCAAACCGGUCGAUUUGGCAUUUGUUAUUGCACCGCUACGUGCUGAAUUCGAGUGUUUAUUUAAAGAAACAUUUGAUGCGAGUAAAAAUGAAAAGUUUUUGAAUAACAUCAGUAUUUGUUGCAAUCAAGAGAAUUUCAAUGUAUUAAUUCCUUUGAUGUUGCGAAUUGUGGGCACUGUAUUCACACGAAAAUCGAAAAAUGCCGACAAUCUUAGCCGAUGGACGGCAUUAAAAAUAAAAUUAACCAAAUUAAAAUCACAAUUAGAGCAAUCGUUAAAUAUUUCAUUUGCAUUUAUUGCCGGUCCAUUGGUAAAUUGCAUUAAAAAUGGUGAUUGGGUACUAUUGGAUGAAAUAAAUUUGGCAUCGCCCGAAACAUUGGAAUGUUUAUCAACCAUUCUCGAACCAAAUGGUUCGAUUGUUUUACUGGAAAAAGGUGAUUUUGUACCGGUAAAACGACAUUCCGAUUUUCGUAUAUUUGCCUGUAUGAAUCCAAGUACGGACAUUGGGAAAAAAGAUCUAACGAUUGGCAUUCGAAAUCGUUUCACCGAAUUUUUCGUCGAUGAAUUGGUGCUGGAAGGUGAUUUAAUCAUUUUGGUCAGCGAUUAUCUACGACAUACGGGCAUUCAAGGUGCAAAAGUAUUGGCCAUUGUACAAUUGUAUCGAAAAUUACGUGCAAUGGCCCAAUUGGAAUUGAACGAUGGCUUAGGAAAUCGGCCCGUUUAUUCGCUUCGAACAUUAUGCCGUGCAUUGAUUAUUUGUUCGAAAAAUUUAUGCGGAUCAAUCGAACGAAAUUUAUAUGAAAGUUUUUGUUUAAGUUUCUUAACACAAUUGGAUCCAGCAUCACAUUUGAUUGUAUUGAAUUUGAUACAAAAAACACUUGUGCCAACAAAUCAAAAGGCUGUACUGUCACAAGGAUUACCAAAACCAAAGGAUAACGUUGAAUACGCAAAUUUUGAGGGAUAUUGGAUUAAAUUGGGACCAAAAUCAGUUCAAUCGUGCGAACAUUACAUCAUAACCGAAAGUGUACGAGAAAAUCUUCGUGAUUUAGCGCGUAUCAUUUCAAUUGGUCAAUUGCCUGUGCUGCUACAAGGACCCACCAGUGCCGGUAAGACCAGUUUAAUUGAUUAUGUGGCCAAACGAAGUGGUAACUAUUGUUUGCGCAUCAACAAUCACGAACACACCGAUUUACAGGAGUAUAUUGGAACGUAUACGGCCGAUGUAACCGGUAAAUUAGUAUUCAAAGAAGGUGUUUUGGUUCAGGCCAUGAGAAAUGGCUAUUGGAUCAUUUUGGAUGAAUUGAAUUUAGCACCGAGUGACAUUUUAGAAGCAUUGAAUCGUGUACUUGACGAUAAUCGUGAAUUAUUCAUUCCCGAGACACAGGAAUUGAUCAGAGCCCAUCCAAAUUUUAUGCUAUUUGCCACACAAAAUCCGCCCGGUUUGUACGGUGGCCGAAAGAUGUUGUCCAGAGCAUUUAAAAAUCGCUUUGUUGAACUUCAUUUUUCUGACAUACCAAAACACGAACUCGAAAUUAUUCUGGAGAAAAGAUGCCUGAUACCAAAAUCGUAUGCACAAAAAAUGGUUAAAACAAUGACUGAAUUACAGGUGCAUCGUACGAAUACAGCAAAAUCAUCGUUUACGUUAAGAGAUUUAUUUCGAUGGGGAAAUCGUUAUACAUAUGCCAACAAAGAUCUAUUGAAUAACAAAGGAUACGAUUGGAAUCAACAUUUAGUCGACGAAGGUUAUUUAGUGUUAUCAUCACGUGUACGUAAUGAAAGUGAAAUUGAAACUAUUGAAAGUGCACUGUUCACCAAUUUCCGUAAGAAAAUCGUGUUUGACGAUCUAUUCAAUUUGCAUGAAAAAACGUCACAAGUGACACGACCCAUAUUGGAAAGUCUAAAAACUUAUGAUUGUGAUGCAGUUUCAAAUGUUGUGUGGACAUCGAAUAUGCGACAAAUGGCCGUGUUAACGGGUAAAGCACUCGAAUUCAAUGAACCGGUUUUGUUGGUUGGCCAAACGGGCUGUGGUAAAACGACAAUUUGUCAAAUUCUUGCGAGUAUCGUUCGAAGAAGACUGCGUAUUUUGAAUUGUCAUAUGCACACGGAAGGUGCUGAUUUUCUUGGUGGUCUUCGGCCAUAUCGUGGCAACGAUGAAAACGACAUGGAUACUGAAACCGAUGAUAGUAAGAACCGUAAACUUUUCCAGUGGAACGAUGGACCAUUGAUUCAAUCGAUGACGGAAGGCACAUUUUUCUUGGCCGAUGAAAUUUCACUUGCCGAAGAUUCGGUACUCGAACGAUUAAACUGUGUUUUAGAACCAGAACGUACAAUUUUACUAGCAGAAAAAGGUGGAUGCGAUGAAAAUUUAACCAAUGAUUUGAACAAUCCGAAUGCCAGUGAAUUUGUGAUUAGCGCCAAUGAUGGAUUUCAAUUUUUGGCCACGAUGAAUCCAUCGGGUGAUUUUGGUAAAAAAGAACUGUCACCCGCAUUACGGAAUCGUUUCACCGAAAUUUGGUGUCGAUCAGCCGAUAAUGAACAUGAUUUAGUUUUGAUUGCUGAACAUGCACUAAGAAUCGGUUCCACAGCGAAUUUGGAUGAAAUAAAAAUGAACAUAUUAAAAAAUACAGCCAUUGUAAUUGUGAAAACUAUUCGAUUUAUCAAAGAAAAUGUUGAAAAGUUUCAUUAUUCCGUUCGUGAUAUUUUGGCAUGGGUACAAUUUAUCACAAUCAAUUCAACUAAUUUACCUGUUCAUCAUGCAAUCAUCUUUGGUUUAGAAACAAUGUUUUUGGACUCAUUAGAAAUGUUGCCACAUGCAGAUUUCAAUGAAAUUGAAAUACAACGCAAAAUGAUUUUGGAGUUUGUAAUCGAUGAAAUUCAAAUGCGGCUGAAAGAAACAUUCAAUUUGAAUAAUUUGGCAAAGUUGAAAGGAAUCCGAGUUAUGGAAACACGUGAAAAAUUUGGCAUAAAUCCAUUUUUUAUCAAUGUUAAUGGAGACGGUGUGUCACAACAAAAACGUGAUUUCAAAUUUACCGCACCAACAACACAAAAGAAUCUAUUUCGUUUAUUAUCGGCAAUGAGCUUACACAAAGCCAUUCUACUCGAAGGACCGCCGGGCGUUGGAAAAACAUCGCUCAUUGAAAAUGUCUCAUCGGCGAUUGGAUAUCAAAUGGUGCGUAUCAAUUUGUGUGAACACACCGAUUUGACAGAUUUAUUUGGAACCGAUCAACCAUCAGAUGAAGGUAGUUUAUCAUUAACAAAUGUCGAAUCCGAUCAAAAAUCAAAUGCGCUCGGUUCAUUUGUAUGGCGUGAUGGUCCAUUGUUGGCCGCUUUAAAGGCACCAAACACAUGGAUUCUAUUGGAUGAAUUGAAUUUGGCACCGCAAAGCGUACUUGAAGGUUUGAACGCUAUUCUCGAUCAUCGUGGUGAAGUUUAUGUACCCGAACUAAAUAAAACAUUCAAAUUGGAUAAACAAACGCGUAUUUUUGCAUCGCAAAAUCCGCUACGUCAAGGUGGUGGCCGAAAGGGAUUGCCACAAUCUUUUCUGAAUCGAUUCACAAAAGUCUAUCUACGAACACUCGACGCAAAAGAUUUGUGUCACAUCAUUUACGCCAAAUACAGUGAAUACUUUGAACAAUUGAAAAAUUUCCUUUUGCCUGUGAUUCCGGCGGAUCGUAAUCUAUUGCCGGUGAGCUACUUUAAAUCAACCGAAACAGCGACUAUAUUUGACUGUUGCGAACGAAUGGUUUCGUUCUCCGAAAAACUCGAUGAAGGUAUCACCAACUUGGAGUUUGGCUACAAAGGCGGACCCUAUGAAGUUAAUUUGAGAGAUAUUUUAAGAUGGUGUGAACUAUUGAGCAGCAAAAUAUCUGGAUUUAUUGUGCAGCAUACAAGUGAAGAAGUCACCAUUUUGGAACGAUAUAAUAAUUUUAUGUUGAUUUUGUAUGAGAAAAUGCAAUUGGUUUAUUGUCAUCGCAUGCGAACCGAUACGGAUAAACAAUAUAUUCGUAAUGUCUUCGGCGAAGUAUUCCAUUGUAAUGCUGAUCAACUUGAGAAGCUUUCGUGUGAUAUUUCAUUCUAUUGGAACGAUGAAUUUGUUCAUUUCAACGAUGUUAGACUAAGCAGAGCGGGUCAACAAUCAACCAUUACGAAUGUAUCGAAAAUGGCUCCUUUGAUGUUAAACAAUCAACGGCAAUUGAUUAAGGCGUUGGGUGAAAGUGUUUUGAUGGAAACACCAGUUAUUUUAUGCGGACCAAGCGAUAGUGGUAAAACAAAAUUAGUUGACAUCCUGUGUACACUUUCGAAUCACUAUUGCAAUAUUGAUACGAUCGAUGAUUCAGUCACGGGAACAUUUCAACAAGUCGAUCUGAAUCGUCAUUUGGAGGAAAUCGCACAGAAAAUCGAAGCAUUUUUAGUGAAUUAUCAACAAAAUUGGAUUUUGCAUCCAAACCAAACAAAUUCCAGUCAAUUUGUUAAAUUGCUUAAGCAAUGGGAAAUAUUUAUUGAAUCAAAUAUUCGUCAAAACGACAAGCAAACCGAAACUGUGAUGUCUGAAGAGUUACUUGUGUUCAACAAACGCGUUAGUGAUUUGAGUACAUUGCUUGAAUCUCUUCUCCGCGUUAACUUCGAUUCAAAUAUAACAAAUGAACUGAAUGCAUUACACCACAAACUGAAUUUCUUGGGUUCAAUCGUUAAAAAACGUGGUACAUUAAAUACAGGCGGUCACUUUGAGUGGGUCGACUCAAAAAUCGUGCGAGCAUUAAAAAUUGGUCAAUACAUAUGUCUGGAGCACGUCAAUUUAUGUUCAUCGGCAAUUUUGGAUCGUUUAAAUUCGGUAUUUGAAACCGAUGGUAAACUGUUGCUCUCCGAAAAAGGCGUUGAAUCGAAUAAUUUGUCGGAAAAUGUUAGCAAACACAAAGAUUUCCGCGCAUUCUUAACACUUGAUCCUCGAAAUGGUGAAAUAUCACGUGCCAUGCGUAAUCGGUGUAUUGAAUUGAAUUUAAUGGCCGACACAUACAGUCGUGAUGAUCUCAAGGAAUUUAUCUAUUCGAAUGGAAUUCAUGAAAUGCAUUUAAUUGAAUGGACAUUGAAUAUUCAUCAUCGUGUUCAACAGGUCAGCGAAUUUCAUUCGUUCAAUGUAUCACAUUUGAUGAAAUUUGCAUUUUUAAUCAAUGAAAAUCGACGACUUGGUGCCGAUGAAGCGACAGCAUUGUUUGACAGUGCAAUUGUGGUCUAUGUGAGAUCGUCACACAUCGAUUUACUUGGCAUGGGCUUAAAUUACUAUCACGAUAAAUUAAUCGAAGAAAUUCGCGAUGAAAUCAAUAAUGUUCCGGAUAAAUGUCAGAAUUUAGUGCAACUAUCAAAUCAAAUCAUAACUGCCGAUAAUUUGACUAGUUUAUCUCUUAUACGAUUACAAUGUGAACCGUUGAUGAUUACAAUUGAUUGCUUGACUGCAGACAUUGAUACGAAUCGAAUUAAAAAGGUGUUUGCCGCUGUUCGGGAGAAAUUUUCCAAUUUACCCAUCGACUUGGAUUGGAAAUCAGCCGAAUAUCUGUUGCAUUUAGUUUAUGAAAUGAGUUCAAUCGAUGAUGUCAGUGAAAGAGAACGAUAUUUAGAGAAUAGGAUAAGAGAGAAAUUAAUGAAAACCAGUGAAAACUAUCAUAAUCAAUUGACCAUUCUAAUUGAAUUGAAUCACACUCUAGCGCAGACGAUUAGAGAAAUACCAAGUCGUCAAAAUAUUGACGUCGUUGUAAAUAAAGUGCCAUGGAAUCAACAUAUUUUCCCCCGAUUACGUGAUUACUACGAUAAAACACCGUUACUUUCGAAAAGCAACCAAUUGAAAUUGAGCGCCAUUUUACUAGCACAUUCGCUAUUCGAGAAAAUCAACUGUGAUACUACCAAAGUAAAACAAAGUUAUAUAAAUGCCAUCACCUAUUCCAAAGUUGUGAUGGAUGGUACAAUUCCAAAUGGAUUGAAUAUUGAUUUAAUAACUCAAUUGCAUCCACUCUUGGAUUAUACAAAAACAUUUGCGAUACAAAUGAUCCGAGAAUCAGAGACAAUCACCUAUAAACAGUACGGUUCAUUGAUUUGUGCAUAUUUGUGGGCAAAUCGCUUGUACGAAGUGUCAAAGAAUCGACUAUUCAAAGGAAAAUCCGUGGAUAAAACACUAAUUGACAAACUGGCAUUACAUUUCAAUUGGUUGGUAAAACAUUUAUUGUGUCUAUUGAAUGAAAUAAAUGGCGAAAAUCGAAUCACCGCAGCUGUUGGCGUUCAUCAAAAGGAAACUGCACAAUUUCGCAAAAUUUUACAACAAAUAUCCGAUUGUAAUACCAUUCGGCGACAUCCACUCAAUGAGAUGCGAAAAAAGUUCACAAAACGACUUACGGAAUUCAUGCCAUUCUAUGAGCAAAAUCAAAUCGUAUUGCAUGAGCAUGAAACUGAAUUUAUAAAACAAAUGCAAUUGCCGACAAAGAACUGGCAAUCAUUCGAACCGGCCGAAUAUUUACAGUCACUUAUCAACAAAUAUCGAAUUAUUUUGAGCGAUGACAGCAAAAGCUACAAAAGUUAUUUAAUUGAUGCCAACGAUGCUGAAGACCUCCAAUGGUUAGUUGAUGACAAUGGUGAAAAUGAAGCCAUGGAUGUUGAGAAAAUUUUGGCAAAACUUGAUAGCCUAUCAAAAUCGACGACACAAUUUUUAGGUAUUACUACAAUGUCUUCCGUCGAUGACUUAACGGAACAAAAUGAAAAAUUCAAUGUCAAGCAUCUUGAAGCAACCGAAACAAAUUCGAAUCAAAAAAAUUUGGCACCAUUGAAGCUCGUUGUGUCUGUGCUUCCAAUUAUGGAAUAUUUUGCGUUGCGUGCAUUCCAUUCAACACUACGACGUGAUGCCAAAGUUCAUAAGCUAAAUAUGGACUUUUUCAAAAGUAUUCGAUCAUUGGAUGUGACCGUUUUGAAGUCGGUGCAAACAAUUAUCACAAAACAGUAUGCCGUUUGUGUAUUAAUAUGGGAUUGGUUGCAUCGUCAAAUUAACUCAAAUGAUUUCGAAAACGUUUUUAAUGUGAUGCCACAGUCAAUUUAUCGAAAGAUUUCAUCAUUUAUGAAAAUGCUUGAUGCAAAAAUCAAUGGUUUUGUAUACAAUUCAUUGGCAUUAAAUCAUCAAUGCCAUUUAAAUGUUAUUGAUGUGACAAAGCAAUCACAAACAAUGCCAUUAAACAGUUGUGCAUUGACCGUUUCCGCAUUCUUAUCAUUGUUCAACGAAUAUGGUCAAUCAAAAUCGAUUGGUUUGGGAAAUUUAGAGGUGUGGACAUCAACAUUAACAUCAAUUUCAAAAUUACUAUGGAACAAUGUCGAGACGUUCCAGCAUCAAUUUCAGUUUGAGCACACAAAUAUUGAAUACAGUCAACGAUAUGGUCGUAAACUUUUGGCCGAAAUUAAAUAUAUUCAAGCACUUACCAAUUCAACGGAUAAAGCAAAAUCCGAAAUUGAAGAAGAAUUCAUUGAAAUGAUACAAUUGCUUGAAAAGAAAACUGAAAACAUCAAUAUGUCAAGCGAUUCAUCACACACAAGAUUUCAACAAUUUUAUGCAUCGGCUGUGAUUCAAUCACUGGCAGCUGUGAUUGAAUUACACCUAAUGACUUUUACACCAUUGGUCGAUCCAGUUGAAAAGAAUCGAUUGAAGAAAACUUACGCACAAGAAAGCCAACAACAUUUAACCAAAUUAACAUCGGCCUAUGAUUUUAUGAAAGUUAUCAUGUCAUACAAUGGCUUGGGCGAGCAAAUUCUCCAUGAAUCAAUCGAUGUGAAAUAUAAAGAAUUCAAAACAUUACUUGAAAAAUAUUCGAAAAAAUGUGCACUGCGACCGGAUGUGUGUGUCUAUGCCGAAUUGGUCGAUCAAAUAAAUUUCUUUUUGGAAAAUGGAUGCCGUCCAAAAUCUCAACUACAAUUGAUAAAUGACAUUGACACCGCAUUCAAUCGAUUGAAUAGCGGCAAUUUAAUUACACACCAAGAUCUACAGAAUGUCGAUGAAAUUAUAAAACGCAUUGAUUGGUGCACAAAUACGGCUGAAAGUUUUGAACGAUCUACCAUUAUACGUUUCAAUACAUAUUAUCGUGAUUUUACAGCACCACUUGAAUCAUCGAUUAUUAUGCUGAAAAAUGCAUUCAGAUGCUUGAAACAAUGUCUAACUAAAAUGCGUGACAUUGUUCUUACCACAAGAAAUGGCAGCAAUUUUAAUGGUUUGAACCAAGAGGAAUCACUAUCGACGGUAUUGGUUAAUCUCAUCGAAUUUCCAAGCGUUGAAAAGAGAUCACAUCUCAUGCCCGUUACGGUACGCAUGUUGGAGAGUUUGGAGAAUAAAGAUGUUGCACAUUCAAUCCUAUUGAAAUCUGUUUUGCAAGAAACCCUCUGCUUGUUAUCCAUUUCUGGUUCGAUAAGCGAUAGCAGCUUCCAACAAUUUGAUUUAACCAUUGGUAGUUUUAACAAGAUGUGGAAACAACAGGAAGAAAUCAAACGGGCCAAAAGCAUCGAGGAAGAGAGUCUUUAUGUGAAAAAAACGCGAUGUGCCGAUGAAGAUGAGGAAGAAAUCACCGAACAAGAGAUCGAAACAAUGUUCCCGAAUUAUGCAACCACCGAUUUUGGUGAAUUUGUUCAAUAUGCAAAUUUAGAAGAUGCUGACAAAAAAGAAUCACCAGUCAAACCGAAACCACCUCAAGACCUUUUGACUGAUGAUGAUUUGAAAUUUGUUGGCGAUGUAUUUAUCGAUAUUAUGCACAAAUAUUCAAGCUGUAACUAUCACAAACCUUCCAAGAUUGAAUUCAAUUCGGACGACUAUCAAGUGGAACUAAUGAAUGCAUUCGAAUCGAAAUCGAAUGUAUUUUACCAAUUAAUUCAAAAGUACAAGCAUUCAUUGAGCAGUACAAUUGACGAUGCCUUCUACGGUGGCAUUGGAUUGCUAAUAUUCAAUACACAAAAUCGAUAUCGCAACCAAAAUCAAGCGAACUUUGUUCGAGCCAAACCAUACAAUUUCUACAAAGAUCAAAAUAUUCCAGAGGUUUACAAUACCGGCGAACUAUUGGAUCGCAUUGAAGCCAGAGUAUUAAAUGAGCUCAAACAAUGGCCAGAUCAUGCCGUUCUAAAUGACAUAAUAUUGAUCAUUGGACGAAUUCGAUCACUCGAUAUCACCGAACCAAUUGCAAGAUUCAAUACAGGUUUCCAAAUAUUACGGCAAAAAAUCGAUGAAUGGAAUAGCGUUUCGCAUAAAUUGAAUCAUUUGCGCGAUUUAGAAACGGAAGUUGCUGAGUAUGUUCAACGAUGGAUGAAAUUGGAACUACAAUGCUGGAGAGAGUGUUUGGCCACAACGGCAGACAAAGUAAAAUCGAAGGCAUAUCGUUAUUGGUUCUUUAUGUACAAUCUGUUGCACGAAUAUCUGGAUUGUUCGAUUACAACAUUUUCGUGUGAUUUAACCGAUUUCGAAGCAGUCGAGAAGUACUUUGGUGAGGGUGAAAUCGAUAUUGAUGCAGAAAAUGGCCAACAAACCGGCUCAAAACUUCGAACGGCUGAUGUAGUUAGUGUCUUGAAACAAUUCAUCGAAUCGUCUAAUUAUGGUGAAUUUGAUUUACGUAUGAAAAUUUUGAAAUCAUUUGAAAUGUAUUUGCAUCAAAAUCCAUCAAAAGGUUCAACCAAAAAACGUGAACGCAUCAUAUCAAUAAUACAUAAUUUGCACACAUACUACACACAAUUUGUGAAUCAAAUUACCGAAACGAUUAAAACAAAACGUUCGCAAAUCGAAAAGAAACUCAAAGAAUUUGUUAAAAUCGAAUCAUAUAACAAAGAUCUAUCCUAUUAUGGCAUGAGAAAUAAUGUGGCACGUGUGCAUCGUCAUCUGUUCAAAUUUUUGCGUGAAUUUGAAACGGCGCUCAUGGAAAAGAUUGCCGAAGUUUUUGUAUGGAAAGCAAAUGAAACGCCAUCGCUAAAUGAUGAACCGAGCGCAAAAGGUUCGAAUUCAGCUUAUGAACCAAAUAUAGCAUCAUAUACCGUUGACGUUAAACAUUUUGUGUUGGCACAACUACCGAAAAGUGAUUCGAUCCCAGCAGAUUCAUCGAACGAUGAUAGUUUAUUGGCAAAAAUCGAUAAAUUAUUUGGUGUAUCACGGAAUGUUGUUAAAAAUGCCGUUUUACAUGCCGAAUUUCCGAGCCUAUUGUACAAUUUGGAUAUGGAAUUGGCCACACAAAUUGAAACGUGCAACUAUUUACGUGGCCUGGAAGUGGAUCGCAAGCAAGAGAAACCAAAACAAAAAUCUCAAGCCAAACACAUUUUGACGCAAAAACGAAAAGCCAUUGCCGAUACAUUUAAAAUGCUUACAACACUUGGUUUGAGCUUCCGUUCCGGUAUGCUGGAAUCACAAAUGCAAACCGAUUUUAUUGACUUGAAAUUGAAUCCAUUUAAUAUUCAAUGCAUUAUCGAUGCGCCGACAAAAUGUAAUCCAAAAAUUAAUCAAAGUUUGGCAUUACUUACGAAAAAUAUUGAUCUAAACUUUUCGAAAUGUGUAUUUAAAUUUAAAUUAUUGCAAACGGCAAUGUUGACACCAAAUCAAGAGCUUGGACUACCGAAUAUAGAACGUAUCAAAGGUUUUACCAUCGACAUGUUUUUGUUGGUUCAAUUACAGCGUCAAACAUUGUGCAAAUCAACGAUAGAACUGCAAAAACUACAAGAAUACAUCAAGCGUGUUGAUGAAUUGAAGGCGAUUCUAUCGAAUGACGAGAAAGAUUUGAGUUUUAAUCGAAUGUCUUCGAAAUUGAUGGCAAUCGAACAUGCAUUGAUUCAAAUUUCGGAUAUUACUGAACAAUAUGAACUUCUAUUGAAUUGCGUGCCUGCCGAUGAAGAUAAAGUUUUUACCGCCAUUGAUUCGACCGAUGUCAUUGCAUUCACGAAAUCAUCGGUUAAGUACCAACGAAUGAAAUCAGCAAUGGCUAUCAUUUCGAAAUCAUCCAAAACGCUUUUGACUACAGUGCAAUCGACAAAAGAUAGUUAUUUCUUGAAUUCAACUGUAGUACAUGGCAUUUCAAAGAAAUUCAAUCGUAUCAUUGAUGAGCUGAAAAAUGCACGUGACAAUUUAAAAUUGAGCCAAAGUAGUGAAUAUUUGGUGAUUGCCAAACCACUUGUUAAACUUUUGCAAAGUUUAAACAUUGACCUUGAAUCGAAUGAGAUGAUCAUUGAGACAUCUGAUGAAAAUAAUUCGCAUCAAAAUAUUGUGAAUGAAUUGGAAAAUAUCGUACAUCAUGUAUUACUUUCAAUACAAAAUAUCUACAAAAAAUAUUCAACACAAAAACCGAAGGAAGAAACAGCUGAUGUCAGUGCUGUGGAAAAUGCGAAUAACAACCAAGAUGAUGAAGAGGAUGAUGAUGAAGAAACCAUUCAAAAGAAUCAUUUGAAACAAAAGAUCACCGCUGAAAUAAAUACCGAUUGGCAAACACUUGGAUUGUCAUCGGUAUCGAUGAAAUUAUCAAAAAUAUGCGCUGAAAUUUACCAUUCACAAAACGAUGCAAACAAUGUACGCAUUGAAUGUAUACGAAAAUUGGUGUCCAUUCAACCGAUUUUAGAACAAUUUGAGCUACUCUGUAAAUAUUAUUUACUUCAACAAUUGGUCGCCCAUAAAGUAAGCACAAAAAUGUUUAGUGUCAUGUUGAUUAUUUUCAUUGAAUUGACGACAAAAGGAUUUUGCAUUCCACCCGAUCUUAUGCAAGACGACGAUGGUCAACAAAAUGAAAAUGGUGAUGGUAAAGAAGGUGAAGGUUUUGGUUUAGAUGAUGGCACCGGCGAAAAAGACGUUUCAGACAAAAUCGAGUCCGAAGAUCAAUUGGACACGGCAAAGAAACCGGGUGACCGUGAUGAGAAUAAAAAAGACGAUGAAGACUGUGAAGAAACGAAUGGAAUCGAUAUGAGUGAAGAUUUUGAUUCGAAAUUGCAAGAUAUUGAAAAGCGUGGCGAUGAUUCAAGCGAUGAUGAGGAAUCCGAUAACGAAGAAUUGGACAAAGAAAUGGGAGACACCGAACAGGGCGCUGAUAAACUUGACGAUCAAAUUUGGGGCUCUGACGAGGAGAAAGAUGAAGAGGAAGAAGAAGGAGAUGACGAAAUGAAUGAUGAAACCGAUGCCAAAGGUUCCAAAGAAGACCAAGAAAAUCAUAAUAAUCUUGAUUCAGAGCAAAAUGACCAAGGUCAAGGUGAUGAACAAGAUGGUUUAGAUGCUACCAAUGAAAAUCAACAAGAAAAGCAAAAGAAAAAGGAUCAAAUUGAUAAAAUGAACGAAGACGAAACGGUUGAAGAUCAAAUAAAUCCAUAUCACAAUGAAUUGGAGGAGCCACCCGAACCGGAGGAUAUGGAUUUGGGUGACGUUAAUUUGGAUAAUCAAGACAAUAACGACAAUAAUGACGAACAAAAUGAUGAAAAUCCAUUCGAUAUCGAUUCAAUGAAGGAAAAUAUGCAAAUCGAAGAUGAUGAAAAUGAUGAACCAGACGAAGACGGUGAAGGUGAUGAGAAAACUGAGCAGCAACAAGAUGAUUUGAGCGACAACAGCGAUAUCGAAGACGGUGACGAUUUGAAAAAGGAUCAAGAGCCAAAUAAAGAAGAAGAUGCGGCGAAUGGCGAGGAUAAAAAUGAAGAAGAGGCUGGUAAUAACGAACCAGAUACACAGGAACCAGGUAAAGAUGUUGAAAAUACCGAAGAAGACGAAGAUCAACAAGAGGAGACAGAUGACGCAAAGGAAAAGAAUAAAAAUGAAAAUUUCCACGAAUCGGUUGAUAAACCAUCGAAUGAAGAUAAUAUUCAAGCAAUGCCAGACACAAGAGAUCAAGGCACCACCGACCAAGUUGAAACUGAAGCGAAUGAGAAAAAUAAACAAGAAGAUAAUAUGGAUGCUCAAGAUACGGGCGAAGAACAAAAUGGAAUUGGUCAAGCGGCAAAUGAAGAAUCGAAAAGUGGACAUCAGGGAAAGGCCGAUAAUAAAAAUACACAAAAGACUGAACAAUCAGAGAAGAAAGAGCAAAAAGAUCGCCGAAAACCUGGUGCCACAAAUGAAGAGCGAACGAUCAGUGAAAAUAAAACAAGCGAAAAUAAGCAAUUGAAAACGGUUCAGGAAGUAGAUCAAGGCACACAAAAUGAAGAGGAUGAAUCAAAUAAUGAUACGGAUGAUCGGGACAAUGAAUAUCAACACAUUAAAGAUGCCACCGAAAGUGAAAAAUCCACCACUACAAUGGACAAUGCCACUGAAGAACAAUCAAAGAAAGUUGCACACGAUGAUGAAAAGGAGGAAACAAUCACACCCGAAUGUGAAACAAAUGACGAAUUGAUGGAACAAGACACCAAAAACGAACCACUGGAAAAUGUGCCCGAACUUGAAAACGAGAAGCUCAACGAAAACAGCAAAAAUAAUAAGAAAGGCGCAAACAAUGAUCGACAAAAUGAUAUUUGUGAACCAAAAGAAGAGUGCACAGUUGAAGGUGAUGCCGUUUCCACACAUACAGUUUCUCGACCUGAUAACACAACCGCACAUUGCUCAAUUGAUAUCAUUCGUGAUGCAAGCGUUGCACAAGAGCUUGACAAUGCCGAACUUCUGGACAUCCGAAAAAUGUACGAAAAAGAAAGAACAUCAAAUAAAUUGUCGAAUCCAAUUCGAGAGAAUUUUGACCAAUGGCAAAAAAUUAGCAACGAAAUGUUACCAAAUGCACGUGAACUCUGUGAACAAUUGCGACUUAUUUUGGAGCCAACAAAAUGCACCAGAUUGAAGGGUGACUAUCGAACUGGUCGUCGUAUUAACAUGAAAAAGAUAAUUCCAUAUAUUGCAUCCCAAUUCCGGAAGGAUAAAAUCUGGUUGCGGCGAACAAAACCAGCUCAACGUGACUACCAUAUUACGAUUGCAAUCGAUGACUCAAAGUCGAUGGACUACAAUGAGUCGAAAGAGUUAACGUUGCAAGCAAUUUCGUUGGUAUCACAGGCACUAACCCUGUUGGAAAGUGGCCGAUUGAGUAUUAUGUCAUUUGGUGAAUCACCAAAAAUCAUUCUCAAUCAUACCGAUCAAUUUGACGGCCCGACCUUAGUAAAUUCAUUAAAUUUUGCACAAAAUCAAAGUCGUAUCGCUGAACUGAUGGAAUUCAUUCGUGUGGCCAAUAGUGAAGACACCGGUGCAUCAUCUGAUAAUGGCAUUUUUGAGAAUUUACUACUAGUAUUGAGCGAUGGACGUAACAUCUUUAGCGAAGGUGAAAAGAAAGUCAAAAACGCCAUUAAAUUGGCUCGUUUGAGCAGAGUCUUCAUUGUUUACAUCAUCAUUGACAAUCCGAAAAAUGACAGCUCAAUUCUUGAUAUUCGUGUGCCACACUUUUCUGCUGAUCGUAAAACGGUUACAAUGAAAUCAUAUCUUGACACAUUUCCAUUCCCUUACUAUGUUAUUGUUAGAGACCUCAAACAAUUGCCAUUGGUUUUGAGUGAUGCGAUGCGACAAUGGUUCGAAUUAGUUUCUAGUGAACAGUAAAAAAAAAUAAGGCAAAAUUAAAGUCAAAAUAGAUCAUACAUUUAUUUAUGUUUACUGAACUAUUUUUUUAUAACAUUUAAUAUUUUAUAAUUAGUUUUAUUCAAUUCUUUAUGAAAUUUUGAAAAGCAACAUUAAAUAACAAUUUCCUCGAAA